AUGGUCAAUAGGAACAUUGAACAACCUGGGCAAGCGGCAGCUAACCAGUCGUUUACUCGGAUGAUCUGGGUGCGGGGAAGGUUAGAGGCGAUCAAAGAAUACCCACUCUUAGAGUCGGCUGUAGGAGCCGGUAGCAGUACAUCGUUACCACAACUUUGCGAUACUAUACAAAUUAGAAAGAGAAAGGGCGUUGGCUUCUUGAUGGCACUAAACGUCAAUUCCGUUCCUGAGAGCGAUGGGACGAUAUAUCCCAGUCUUAGAGGCAAAAUCGUUCUCCUCACAGGUAUUGGUCAAACAGGAGACCCCUCGCUGUGGGGUAACGGCGCGGCGACUGCGCGCAUCUUUUGCUCCAACGGUGCGAAGGUGUUCGGCUGUGACCUAAAUCGUGAAUCUGCGCAGGCCACGCGGACGCGUCUCAUCAACGAAUUUGGCGAUGGUUGCUGCGACGUUGUCCAGGCUGACGUGACUGUUGCCGAGGACGUGAAGCGCUUGAUCGCGGCGUGCAUGAACCUCCAUGGCAGAAUAGAUGUACUUGUCAACAAUGUGGGCAUGAGCAUGAAAGGAGGGCCAGCGGAGAUGGAUGAAGCCACGUGGGACGCGCAGAUGGAUGUCAACAUCAAAAGUGUCUAUCUCACUUGCCACUAUGUGUUGCCUCAAAUGGAGGCGCAAGGAUCUGGAGUUGUCAUCAACAUUUCGUCCAUCGCUGGGUUGAGAUACGUGGGGAAGCCACAGGUGGCAUACGCUAGCAUGAAGGCCGCCGUGAUCCAGUUCACACGCACGACGGCUGUGAUGUACGCGCCAAAAGGCAUUAGGCUGAAUGUGGUUGUGCCUGGUUUAAUACAUAGUGCGCUCAUCUCCGUCCUUGCGGACAAGUACGCAGAGGGCGAUGUGGCAGGCAUGGUCAAGAAGAGAGAUGCUCAAUGCCCGACAGGUAAAAUGGGAACAAGUUUUGAUGUAGCAAACUCUGUCGUGUUCCUCGCGAGCGACAAUGCAAAGUACGUUACAGGUGCUGAACUGGUUGUCGACGGAGCAAUCACAUGUAGCACAGGGCGAGCGUGA